AUGUCGACGUGGGUCUACCCUCCAUUGCCCCCUGACGAGCUUCGGAAAGCCGAGAAUGAGUCUUUGAAACUUGAGCUGCAGUGGCUGCUUGAGUCGCUACAAAGAGCCUUGCCUGCUCUCAAAGAAGCCUUGGAGGAAUGUGCUGCGCUGUUGGCGCCGAAGGAACCUGGGUCGACUCUGGUCUUGUCAUCCCUCAGAUCUGAGAGUGUGAAAGGCUUUGUCACGAGGGUUGGCACCAAGCUUGUCAAAGGCGACAUCCAUCUCAGGCUGACAACUCUGCCACCAAACACCCCGAGAGGCACCACCACUUCUACCCCAUCGACUCGCUUGAUAUUUCAUUCGUCCUCCUCCUCCGCCGAGAUCGUCCUCUCGCAACUGUUGGCUGUCAAGUCCUUGCUCAACGACGCACUCGACAUAAUCGACGUAUCAAGGUGGACCGGUCAGUCGACUGACUCCUCCUUCAUCUCUGGUCAAUUGAAGCUGCUACAUGACCAUUUGCGUGAGGCCAAGACCUGCUUGAAAGGUCCAGUGGCCGGCACCGAUAUCUCUUCUAUCCCAGGGGCCGAAUGGUGGACAAAUAGCCCCGAUGAAAACGUGUUUCAACCUCCGCUAGGCGAGAAUCUCAGUCUGCACUUUACGAUUCAAGACGCCAAUCUGGUCCUCACUGUGCGGACCCUCGCUCCAACCUCUCCAGGUGGAACUCCCAGCACGCCUUCGGAGGGGUCUUUCUCUCUGUCUGGGCUCAACCUCAGGACGAGAUUGCUGGGACUGGGUCCUAAGCCUCCGAAUCACGACGAAAUGGGCGAAAUUUACGAGUGGCGUGGGCGGCAAGAUGUUAUUGUCCGUGAAAAGGUCCGCGUGGAGACGAGCGAUCCAAGCUUGUUGAGUAUUGCCGCCAAGUUGAGUGCUCUUGAGCAUGAGGUUGGCCGUUGGAGGAUGAAUCUUCGGAUCAUUCUGACGGGCAGUACUGAGGAGGAUUGA